AUGGAUAAAUCAUCAUCAGUACUUGCCGCCCUCGACGCGGGAAAACUUCCAACCACCCAGCAAGCCAAUCAGCUCAUCGACUGGCUGAAGGACGUCGGCAUCGCGCGUCUCGAACCCUCGCAAUCGCUCGAGUUGAGCACUCAAGGCCAGAUCCUCGCGGAUGAUUUGCGCGGUGUUUUGGACGCAUAUAAGCAGCUUGGGAAGGAUAAGAACUCCGACAAUAUUCUUCAGCAGGCGAUCUGGCACCUCACAGAGGGCGAUCUAACCGUCACGGCGGAAGUCGAGGAGGAAGUCGAUCAGACCAAAGAAGACGUCAAAGCCAUGCGUGCUGCUCUCAAAAACCUCAUUUCGGUUGUUUGGACCAAUGUUUCGAUGGAAGGUACUUCUAUCAUUCAAGAACUGCUCUCUAUCUUGCGCCUCUCCCUUGCGGAUGCUGCGGAGGCGCUUGAGGGAAAGGCAGGUGCAGCGAAGGACACGUUGCGCAGCGUUGAGAAGGGCGUUCAGGAGGGAGAACGCGAUACUUUGGGGAGGAGCAAGCAGAGGCUUGAGGAGGAGAAGGAUCCCAAGGUCGCAUGGCAGCAUGGCAUGGACACUGUGAAGGGAGCUGGGACGUCAGUCAUUGGAGCUACUCAGGCCGCUAGCGCCAGUCUGCAGGAGACGGCUGAGAAGACGACUUCUAGGCUCGAGGAUGCGUUGAACAAGAUGUCUGACCGGGCUCAGACCGAUCCACAAUACAGGGAGGCGCUCGACACUUUGUUCAGUAUCUUCCAAAAGCGACUCAAUCAAGCCAUGGAGACGGCCUCUGACCCGAACACUACUCUGUCCAAAUUUAUUGUCGAUCCCACGCCCGAACAACAUAUUCCUAAGGCACUCAGACUUCUUCGUACGUUGGUUGAACGUCUUGCGAACAACACGUCUCUCGAAGGUGUCAUUGCCGCCUUGCGCACUUGCGUGUUUUCUAUCGUCAAAAACCCCGAAUUGAAGGAGUGGGUGGACGAUAGCAUCAGAUGGGCAAGGAAGGUUCUCGCGGAGCCUGGUUACGCGAGAUCUGAGGAGGCGCAGAAAACACGCAAGGCGUUGGAGGAGCGCUGGAAGUCUGCCCUUGAGAAGGAUUGGAAGUGGCAUGGGCACGUCAAGAAGCUCAAAGAGGAGUUGUAUAAGAUUGAGCUUGGAUUGCAGGAGGAUAAGGAUUUGCAGCGCGUGGUUGAUGCGCAGGCUAAACUGGGCGAAGAUUUGGCCAGUGGGUUGACUAGGGCUGACGAGGAGGUGGAGUCUGGCUUGAAGGCCGCUGUGGAUCAGGCUACUUGGUUCUGGCAGGAUUUGUUCAAGAUUUACAUUCCGAACCUGCUCAGCAAGAUGAAGGAUGUUCCGAUUCCAAGAACCGAAUACAAAGAUCCAGAGAUUGAAUUCGUCCUAGAAAACUUGGAUAUUUCGUCCUUCAAUCUCCUGCCUUCUCACGUGUACAUUCGCAACAUCACAGAUGUCGACAUUCAAACCUCCGCCGCCGCCGCUUCCCACACGAAAGUCGGCACGUUGACUCACGUCCACAUCGAGGCUCUCCAACUCAAGCUCCACGACGUUUCUUUCUGGUACAAAGACAAGAACUCUACCCUGGGGCCUUCAGAACUCACAGGCCUACUCGCGCUCCAGCUUCCAGCCAAAGGCGUCGAAGUUGACAUCAAAGUCCGGCUCAUCCCCAGCACCGUUACCGGCAAGGAAUCACGCACCGCGAAGAAGCAUUUCCACGUUGUCGAGAAUGUGGCCGUGAAGAUCUCGGAAGAUGUGAACAUUUCGGUGAAGGAAAGCAACCACGCCGUGUUGAUGACGCUGUUUAAACCCAUCAUGGUGAUGCGGUUGCGCGAGGCGUUGGAGAAGACGAUGACGGAGCAGUUGAAGGGGAUGGUGGAGUGGGUUGAUGGGAUUGCGUUUGACGUUUCGCAGCGACGGGAAGUGUUUGAGGAUGCUGGGUUGGGCGGGGGCAGUUCAUUGGUUGCUGCUCUUUGGAGCGAGUUGGGUCGAUUGCAGCGGGAGAACGAGGACGAGUUGGGGUUGCGCGCUACAGGGACGGGUGUGGUGCUCGAGCAUUGGCAUGAGGGCGAGGGCGAGGAGGCGAAAGCGCAGUUCGCGAUGGGAGCUGAGCCUCAGAUUCUGAGUGGGGAGAAGAGGGGCCCGCUUGGUACUGGGUCUACGUCGGUUAAGGAGCAGCUGCGAGCGACUGGUGAGGAGAUGGAGGUUGAUAUUGGGGAGUUUGAGGCGGAUACUGGGAGGCGAGUGAGGGCUGCUGGGAAGGAGGUUUUGGGAGAGGUGAAGGGUGCUGUUAGGGAGGGGAAGAGGCAGUUGUCGAGCUUUAGGAGGAGCGUGCAUCAUAAGAGCAAGCAUGAGAAGAAGAAGACGGGUUGGGAGAGUACCGCUUUUGAUGUUUAA